AAGAAAUGCUUCCAGGCAGAAGUAUAUUAUUUCUGUGAUGCUAACUGGGGCAGAGUUGAUUCAUUCAUUCAUAAUUAUCGAAGAAGAGCCGAAACCGGCCAUCUCGAAAUUACGAGAGGAUGAUGCUAAUCCAAUAUGUAUGCCUUAUGUGGUUUAAGUCAAUUAUUAGUUAAUUAAUUCGACGGUAAUAAACCACCUUGCCCUUUUACCCACGCUUCUUUCCCAUAUUCUAUGCAAUAUAUAUCUCCUUAACGAUCAUAUAUUCCUUUUUUAAUUAUGCAUUAUUUAAUGAUAAACAAACAUACAAGAAUUGAAUUAAACAUGAACAGAGUCGCCGUCGCCGUCGCCCUACUCUUCUUCACCCUUUCACCGUCGCAGGGUCGCAUUCAGAUCAGGAAACCGAAGUAUGGCGUCAGCAUUCACCAGUUCUCCAAUCCUUUUCCAGAACAUGACGUCACGAGUGUUCUCCGUCUCCCUAGCGACUCCUUAAAGGAAAAUGAAAUGUUAGCCCAGCCCGAUAAAGUCGCCCAGCAAAAUCAGCCCGUUGAGAACCAGCCCGAGUCUAAAGCUGAGGCGGAGAGAAGGCCCAUUGAACAUUCGUCGGUUUCAAACGGCCCGAUGGAUAAACCUGUUGAAGCCCAUCCUGAAUCGACUAUUACCGUGGAGAAUGAUCAGAAAAUUGAGCACCAGCCCGAGACCAAGAAAGACGAAAAUGGACCUGUCGAGCAACAUUCCAAUUCUAAUGAGGCCGUAGAAGCCCAGCCUCAUGAGCAUAAAGAGCCCACCAUAGGCGGGCCUGAAUUAAAUGACAAUGAAGCACAGCCCAAGACCAACAAUGAGAAAGUCCGUCCGGUAGAGCCCGAAACAAAAGAUGCCGCCGUGGAGGGCAUGUCGUUUAACAGAGCCGGUUUCCGGCCGAUAAACCGUCAAUUCCGGCUGAAGUCAGGGAUCCCCUACCGUCUAUGCCGCCACAACCACCUCCAUCACAUCGAAGAAAUCAUUCCCGACGAAUCUCAUGUCAAAAUCCCCUUUGGAGAUGGAAUGACACUCUCGUUCGCCGGAAACGGCGAUUUCAGCCAAGAGGUCUUCCACGGCGGCCGUGUCCAUCCGAAUAUGUUCCCAUUCGGAAACCACCAUCACCAGCACCACGAUUUUAACGAGGGGAUGGUUUCAAACCGUCAGUCGGAAAACGAGGACGGCAGUUCUAGCCACGUCACGCCGAAGUGGGUUAAGUUCCUGCCGCACCUCCACCACAACCACGGUCCCCACCAUCUCCACCAACACGAAGAUAAGAUCGCGAAAAGUUCGCCGGAAAACGGCCACGACACGAACUCCGAAAAUUUCAACCGCGGGAGCGGUGACGGUGGAGAAAAGGCGGAGGAGGCGGAGAGGCACGAUAGCGAAAAGAAGGAAAGCUAUAUCCAGAAGCAAUUCCGCAAAAUGUUGAAUCAAUACUUCUGAAUUUGGAAGAAGAAUACCAAUUGCUGCUCUGCUUCAUAGGUGCGCAUAGAUUUUCGGAUUUGAAUUAAUAUUCAUUUUCUGUUGCUUGUUCAUAGUUUGUAAAUAAAAAAUUGCAUCCGUGAGUGAUGUAGAUGUUAGAAGAAGAAAUUGACAAAUAUGUAUAUACACUCCGAAUUUAGGAGCCAUCCAUGUAAAUCAUAAUGCAGGUUAUAAUCAUAUACUCAGUAUAUAAUCAUCAUAUUUAGAAUCUG